GGGGAGGUGGCGCGGAGCGGAGCAGGGGGGAGAGGAGCGCUGCCCGGGCUGCCGACCGCCGUCACCCCGGGCCGACCCGAGCAUCCCGCUCCGGAAGGAGACGCCGGACGGACGGAGCUUUCUCAGGGGCGAUGCUGCCGAGCCCUGCCCCCGGCAGGAGGAAGUCUGUGCCGCCGGGGCCGCCCUCCCGGGCGAACGGAGGAAAAGCCCCCGGCACCGGAGAUGCGCGGCCCGGGAGAGCGUGAAGAACUGCUCCGCCUGCGCUGUUAUUAAAGGGAAAAGCAUGCGAGAACCGGCUGCUCCGACGGCCGGAGCGCAGCCCCUCUGAGCGGGAGGUGAGAUUAUCCCGUGGCGGUCAUGGAGAGCUAUAACCUGGCAGAGAAGCGCUAAAGCCACUCGUCCCUGCUGGAAGAGGAACCACUCCUGGCACCACCGCCUUCGUGCAGAGGGGAGCUCACUCAGGUCCUUCCUCCUCCUCUCUCCCUCCUUUCACCCUUCAGAGAACGACAGAAGAAAGAAAGAAACAACUGCGACUUGGCUCUUGCUGGUGCUGGGAAUACCGUGCCUUUUGCCUGGGAUGAUUCCCUCUGACGGGAUGUACAAAGCGCAAACGGGACCGAGCCGGCCAACAAAGUUUGCGGAGCGAUCUAUGGGGUCUAUGGGAUGGAGGUAGCCGGGCACACGCUGACGGGGUCUGUCGCACACUGCCCACCAACGCUGCCCCGCUGCUCACUGCAGGACUAACUCCUGGGGACCAAACUUUGGCGGCUCCUGCUUUGCUGAGUGACACUUUCAGGGAACAGCACAUGCCUGCACCUGAUGCAAUGCUGGGUUUGUAAGAUUUGCUAUGCAAUUCCAAACCUAAAUGAGGAGAAGAGGCGGCCCUGCAUCCCAGAGCAAACAGAAACCAAGGUGAAAGGAGAAACUAUGACUUGGAACGACACCACUAUGGAUGGAGAAGGGUUGCUUGUGGAAAGGGACUCUUCCUUUCGGAUCCUCACGGGCUGCUUCCUCUCGCUGCUGAUCCUCUCCACGCUGCUGGGAAACACGCUGGUCUGCGCAGCUGUCAUUAGGUUUCGCCACCUCAGGUCCAAAGUGACCAACUUCUUUGUCAUCUCCUUGGCCGUGUCAGACCUCUUGGUGGCGGUUUUGGUCAUGCCUUGGAAAGCUGUGUCUGAGAUCGCUGGUUUCUGGCCUUUUGGUUCAUUUUGCAACAUCUGGGUGGCCUUUGAUAUUAUGUGCUCAACAGCCUCCAUCUUAAAUCUCUGUGUCAUUAGUGUGGACAGAUACUGGGCCAUCUCCAGCCCAUUCAGGUACGAGAGGAAAAUGACCCCCAAGGCAGCCUUCAUCAUGAUCAGUGUGGCGUGGACUUUGUCUGUGUUGAUUUCCUUCAUCCCCGUGCAGCUGAACUGGCACAAGGCUACAACCACGAGCUUUUUGGACCUGAAUGCCAGUUUACAAGGUAUAAGCAUGGACAACUGUGAUUCUAGCCUAAACAGGAUGUAUGCCAUCUCCUCUUCUCUAAUUAGCUUCUAUAUACCUGUGGCCAUCAUGAUAGUAACCUACACAAGGAUAUACCGGAUUGCUCAGAAGCAAAUACGACGAAUUUCAGCUUUGGAGAGAGCAGCAGUGCAUGCCAAGAACUGCCAGAACACAAGUGGCAACAGAAGCAGCAUGGACUGCCAGCAACCUGAGAGCAACUUCAAAAUGUCCUUCAAGAGGGAAACAAAGGUUCUAAAGACUUUGUCAGUGAUCAUGGGGGUGUUUGUGUGCUGCUGGUUGCCAUUUUUCGUGUUGAACUGCAUGAUUCCCUUCUGCGAGCCCACCCAACCGUCCAAGGGAGCAGAAGCUUUCUGCAUUAACUCCACCACCUUUGACGUUUUUAUUUGGUUUGGAUGGGCUAAUUCUUCCCUGAACCCCAUCAUUUAUGCCUUCAAUGCUGAUUUCCGCAAGGCAUUUUCCACCCUGCUAGGAUGCUACAGGCUCUGCCCGAUGUCCGGCAAUGCUAUAGAGACUGUUAGCAUUAACAACAACGGAGCAGUUGUUUUUUCAAGCCAACAUGAGCCCAAAGGGUCCAGCCCCAAAGAGUCGAAUCUGGUUUAUCUGAUCCCACAUGCAAUCAUCUGUCCGGAAGAAGAACCUCUAAAAAAGGAAGAAGAGGGUGAACUAUCUAAGACCUUGGAGAAAAUGUCUCCAGCAUUGUCGGGUAUUUUGGAUUAUGAAGCUGACGUUUCUUUGGAAAAGAUCAACCCCAUUACACAAAAUGGGCAGCAUAAAACCUGAGCAGUAAGGUGUACCCAGCAAAACCUAAUAGUGUCCAAUGUGAUAUUCUUAAAAAAAAAAUAAAAGAUGAUUUUUAGUAAGAAAUUAAGGUCUAGGGAGAAGUACACAUCUACAUAAAGCCCUGAAUGAAUUUUCCCGGCAUUAAAUUUAAUAUUUAAAACACUAAACAGCAAAAAGGUACUGAAAAUUGGUUAAAAAGUGGAUGUUAAACUGUGCUGUUCAUACUGAGGAAUAUACACAAGUUUGGACACAGUGCAGUGAUAAAAUACUGCUUCUCCUCUGCGCAUAGAGAGGCCAAUUUCUUGCUUGAAGUGAGGCAAAAGAUAAAUGUUAAGUAUUUAAAGAUUCAUGUUUACUAGAAUAUAAAGGAUUGCUGUGUCUUGUGAUAGUGGGUGUUAACAGGUCCUAAUUAAAGGCUGAGGGGUUGUAAAGGGAGGUAGAGGCCUUCUUAAAAUUAUUUCUGAAGAAACAAUUGAGCCUUAUAACGAGAAUGGUUAUUUUUAAAGCUUUGGGAGUUAACAUGUUGAUACUGGUUUUAUUUAUUUAUUGUUUUAAAUUGAUAUUUUUCAUAUGUUAUUACGGAUCUAGCUUUAUUUAUGUUAUUUAAGAUGUCUAAAUAAUGGGAUAUUUUCGGAGUGUCAUUACUGCAUUGUGGCCAGGCAAUCAGCCAGCACUUUAUGAAAGCCCCGAUGGCCCGGAGAGCCGUGAGGGGAUGGAGGAAGGCUGAGAAGCUCAGCGAGAGACCAAGGAAUCAACAGAGCUGAUGUGGAGUGGAGCUCGUUUCCUUAUGGGCUUUGGUUUUUAAGUGGGAUUUCUUUCAGAAGAUAGGAUCAGCGUUGACUGAGUUGUGAAUUCUCUUCCCUUAUACAAAGAACAAGAAAUUGCUGCUAUUUAUUUUUAAAAACGUUUCAUGUUACAAAGACUUUGCUAGAAUGUCAAGUUUGUGGAUCUGUACAGACCUUCAGUACGACUACAACCUUAAGGAGAAUCCCAUUCGAUUCGAGAAGAGAAGCUAACAAUUAAAUAAGGUAACAAUUCGUAGUACAUAACGUUUUGUAUUUAUGUAAGAUAAACAGCUUUCUCAGACUUUUCUUAUUCCAAGUCUUGGAUAUCUUUUCCGAACAAACACAAUUGGUUUCAUGGUGGUAAACAUGCCAAACCUCGUUACCGUCUGUAUUAAUUCCUGCAGCACCACUGGGGUCAUGCUGUCUGUCUGCUAUCGGUCUGAGUUCGAGUGGGCACGCAGUGCUUUACUUUGGAGGCCAGGAGGACGUUACGUGUUAGGAGUUCCCACGUUAUCAGUAGUCCCUCCAAUAAGGAAUAGUGCCUCAUUCCCCAUCUGAAUUAAGACUUUUCUAACUGUGGAUGGAACUGCAGCCCCCGCCUCAAAAACGCCCCAUGAGCUCCAAAGCAAAGCUGCCAGUGUUUUAGUCAAAAACUGAGACUUUUCCAUGGUCCUUCCCUGCUGCUUUCCCUCUGUGAUGCCCAAAGCGAGCAGUGAACGUUAGCAACAGGAGUUGCUGUUAACUCCUGUGGGAGUGGGAGUUAACACUCAGCAGCACUCCAAGACAGAGAUCUGCUUUCUGAAUGGGCACGGAUGCCCUUUGGAGAGACUUUUCAUAAUAUAUUGAAAAUAAUAAUAAUAAUAAAAAAAAAAUGUCAGGAAAAGAGAACUGAGAGGAAAAAUCUCCAAGUCUAAUGAACUAUAUACAUCCUGCAUCAGGUCUGUGUAUUUAUGUAUCGUGAAUGUUUUCAUAACUUUAUUGCCUGUAAGCUGCUUUCAUACAUAUAAUAAAAUUAUUUUGUGAAGAGAGGGUCGAAUAAAGCAAUCUACAUGGCAUUUGUUAAAUA